GUCUAGAAAUCUGAAGUAGUACACUGUGACUCCUUGAAGGCACUAAUUGUGUCUUGUUCAUCUUUACAUCUCCGGUGCCUAGCACAUGCCUGCAUAAAGCUCAGCACUUUUUCCAAUGCAUAAAUAUAAAAGAAAACCUUGGGUCCUCCUUGGUUAUUCUCUUUCCCUCACACCCAAUAUCCAGCCCAUCGGUAGGUCCAAUCUAAUCUGUCUUCAAAAUCGAUCCAGAAAUCAGCCCCUUCUCCCCAGCUCCAUCACUCCCCCCUAGUCCAAGCCACAUCAUCUGUUGCCUGGGAACCACAGUAGCCUCCUGACUGGUUUUCUUGAUUCCACAUGCAAUCCGUUCCACCCAUAGAAGCCACGUUGGCCUUUUAAAAUGUCAUUCCCCUGCUUGAGACCAUCCAGUGGUCUCCAUCACACUUAGAAUAAAAUUCAAAUUCCUCACUGAAGCCCUGUUUGACUCACACUUCCUCUCUUCCACCUCCCAACCCUAUUUGCCAUGCCUCCAAUAUGCCAAGCCCUCUCUUUGCUCUCGUUCCAUUUUUGCCCACAUGACUUGCUACUCAGCGAUCAAGUCCCUGCUCUGCGUCACCUCAUCACAGAAGCCUUCUCUGACCACCUUAUCUCAAACAGAACCCAAAUUUCUCUCCAUCUCCUUGCCCUACCUGACUUUUCUGAACUGUACUAAUUCAUAUCAGAUUGGUUACUGUUACCUAUUUGUAUAUUGAUUUUCUGUCUCUUCCACUCUGAAAGUAAGGCCCAGGAAGACAGGAAUAUGGCUUUCUUCACAGGUGUAUUUUCAGUGCAUAGAUCUGUGUAACGUGAAUAGUAGGUGCUCAAUAAACAUUUGUUCAAUGAAAAGUUUUCCCCAGGUUUCUGCUGAAGAUGGCAGUAAGGCAGGUCUGGUGCUUGAUGGCUGAGGCCAUCUCCUGGGCUACCAGGCACCCGUCAUGGCCAAGCAGGUGGUACUCUGGGCGGGAAGGUAGUAGUCACACGCUGAGUGGGCAUGAACAUCCUUAAUGGCUAUUUCUCAGGAGCAAGUAAAAGUACCUGGCCUUCCUCUGCAAGCGCGUGACCAGCUGGUCGCCUGGCCCCUACCUCGUUCGGCCACAGUUGCAUCCCGUGGCGGAUGGGGGAGGCAUGCCGCCCACAAGACCAAGCAAGGCCAGGCUGCCCUGGCUGCUUGUGGCGUUGGAUGGGAUCCCGUGACAAGAAAAAGCAGACGCUGGUUCCUGCUGCCCUCACGGCCGUGUGUCUGGAGGCUUCGUGAAAGUUUGUCCACCUGGGGUGCCAGGAUCAGGAGGUUGGCUGGGAGUACAGUGGUGACGGCCACCCUGGAGGAGAAGAUAAAGAAGGCCAAGAUUCUUUACUGGAAGCAAGAACAGCUCAUGAGGCUACAGAAACAGGCCGAAAAGAAUGUGGAGAAGAAAACCAGCCGAUCCACAGAGAUCCUCAAGACCCAGGGACUCCUGGUCUGAGUGCAGUAAAGAAAGUUCAUCAUGCUUGGUCUGCCCUUCGUCCAGCACCGCCCUGGGUUGUGGGCACCCAAGGGCAGCCAUCCAGUGGCCACAGGCAGCCUGGGGCAUAGAAGGCUGGGGAUACAGAAGAGGCCUUGGUCAUUGCUCCUGAUUAAGAAAAAACCUUUCUUUGAGAAGCUACUUUAGGGCUUCCCUGGUGGCGCAGUGGUUGCGAGUCCGCCUGCCAAUGCAGGGGACCCGGGUUCGUGACCCAGUCCGGGAAGAUCCCACAU